AUGCAAUCCAUAUGGUGGACAAUUCUUGGAAAGGACGAUAGGAAGCGAUUAAAAGCCUUCGACAUGCUCUCACAGGCCAGGAUGGAUUGGGUGGUCUUCGCUCGCAUAGCCCUCGGAAGAGCCUUGAGGGAUGUACGGGCUUAUGUACUGAAUCCACUAAGAGCUAAACUCCUUCCUCCAAAGAUACCUAUUGGCAAGAGAAAACUGUGCAGAAAUUGGCCAUUUUUGCCUGCACGAAAGUGUUUACAACCAGGCUAA